AGAGCACAAUGGGAAAACGUUUUACUGGAGUUGAUGUGUGGUGUCCUGUAGCGUGUUCUCCCACGGCUCUGCUCUCCUCUCCUCGGGAAACCUGUCCUACUCGUCAGAAUCAAUGCGAAGCAGCAGCGAGGAUUGUGCUGUCUGUAGCUUUCGAUUCUCUGGAGAACAAGGACUAAACUCUCUGUUGCACUUUUCUUCUUACAUACCUCUUCUUCAGUGCGACGGGGAAGACGGACAACAUGAUUGGCUAUAUCUUCGUGGUUCUGUGUGGAUUGGCUGGCAGUGCGCUCGCAAAGGGUAAAGUGGAUAGGGAGCCUAAGGGGAAGUUCAGUGUUCCUGUUCUGGAUGUGAAGAGUCGACAGCUGGUCCUAGAGGCCAACCAGACUCUGACAAUCCACUGCAGGGGUCGGUGGGAGCUGUCGUGGGCAUUCCCUGGAGGUGUGGCCAGAGAUCAGGAGAGAAUGCGAUUGGAAGAUUCUCGUUGUGGUAGGCAGAGCCAGCAUUACUGCAGCCAACUGACGCUUAGCUCGGCCCAGGCCCAGCACACAGGAUCGUUCCGGUGUCGGUACAGUCAUCGGACGCUCAGGCAGAGAGCUGUCUAUGUCUAUGUCACAGACAGACAGCGGCCAUUUGUGGAGGAGCAGAAUAACAGUCCAGACGUUGUGUAUAUGAAGGAGAGCCAGCCUCUGGUCUUCCCCUGUAGGGUCACCAACCCUGACGCCACUGUCUCAUUGGUCAAGUUUCCUGACCAGGAGUUGACCCCAGACCAGAGGAACAUAGUGUGGAACAGCAGACAGGGCUUCCUCAUCCGCAGCCCCACCUAUUUCUACAUCGGCCUGUUCUCCUGCAAGACCUCUGUCAACGGGACCACGCACUCCCUCAAUUACCUCACACACAGACAAGUGAAUAAGAUCAUGAAGGUAUAUCUGAACAGUACCAGUCCAGUGCAGUCUCUACAGGGGGAGAGUCUGGCCAUCAACUGUACUGUCACUGCAGAGUGGAACAGCAGAGUGUCCAUCAGCUGGGACUACCCUGGACAGGUUAAAGGAUGGGAAGGUGGCAGCGGAGGAGUGUUCCCGUUACCAUGUGGACGGGAAUUCCCUGGUGAUCCGUGAUGUGGUGGAGGAGGAUGCUGGGAAGUACACUAUCCUGGUUGGAAUCCAGGAACACAGACUCUACCAGAACCUAACGCUCUCUCUUGUGGUCAACGUGAGUCCUGGGAUUGGGGAGAAGGCAGUGUCAGUGCAGGACCCAGGUAGUGUUCCGCGGGGUAGCAGACAAGCCCUGCACUGCACCUCCCACGGAGUCCCCCCUCCUCACAUCGCAUGGCUCUGGCACCCCUGCCCCCCCAAAGGCCUGUGUGUGUGUCCCCCGUCCUCCUCAAUGUGGAGCCCCGUAAAAGAGAGGGCCCCCGGCACUUCCACACACAACCACAUCCUGAGUGUCACACACAGACAAGAAGUCCUCCAGGGGAAGAAUAAGACCGUGGGGGUUUUGAUGGUUGCUGAGGCGUUUGUGUCCGGCGUGUAUCGCUGUAUUGCCUCUAGUUCUGUGGGCAAGGAUGAGCUGGACAUGCCCUUCUAUAUAACAGACGUCCCAGGAGGCUUCAGUGUGAGUCAGGAGGAUGAGCCAAGGGAGGGAGGAGACCUAUACCUCACCUGCGUAGCCAAUAAGCACCUGUACACCAAUUUUUCAUGGCAACGGGUGACUGACCCAGCAGAGCCCACACCCCCGACCCCCUCCCUAGGUGGUGAACUGUCCUCAGGAGAGGCCACACCCCCGACCCCCUCCCUGGGUGGUGAACUGUCCUCAGGAGAGGCCACACCCCCGACCCCCUCCCUGGGUGGUGAACUGUCCUCGGGAGAGUUUUCUGACACUCUGAGUCUAUUGCUUAGCAACCUGACGGUGGGGGAUUCUGGAACCUACCGCUGCUCCGCCAAUCACCUGCUGACGGGACAGAACACACAUCUGGACACACAGGUGGACGUCACAGUACUGGAGGCUCCGGUGCUGUUACAGAAUCUGUCUGACUGCAGCGUGAACAUCAGCAGCUCAGUGACACUCAGCUGCCGCGCCCACGGAGUGCCACGCCCAUUCAUCACAUGGUACAAGGACCAACACACACUGCUUCAGGGAUCAGGUAUCGUCAUAGCACAAGGAGGCGAGAACCUCCACAUUGACCGAAUCACAGUGGAGGACCAGGGUCUGUACACCUGCCAGGCAACCAAUGAGAGAGGCUCUGCUGAGAGCUCCGCCUACAUCUGGGUUCACAACUCAUCAGGUGGCCUGUCUCUGGAGAUCCCUACUCUCACCUGUACCUGUCUGGUGGCCACUCUCUUCUGGCUGCUUCUCACUCUCUUCAUACGUAAACUCAAAAAGCCAAACUCUUCGAGUGCCAAGGCUGAGUACCUUUCAAUCAUCCUGGACCCAGGGGAGGGGCCUCUGGAGGAGCAGUGUGAUAGGCUACAGUACGACCCAGGCCAAUGGGAGUUCCCCAGAGACCGCCUCAAACUGGAGAAACCUCUGGGCCGUGGGGCCUUUGGGAAAGUCAUGCAGGCGUCUGCCUUUGGCAUCGACAACUCUACAGGCUGCAGGACUGUGGCUGUCAAGAUGCUCAAGGAGGGGGCUACUCCCAGUGACCACAAGGCUCUGAUGACAGAACUGAAGAUCCUGAACCACAUCGGCCACCACCUGAAUGUGGUCAACCUGCUGGGAGCCUGCACCAAGGCAGGGCCUCUCAUGGUGAUAGUGGAGUACUGUAGGUAUGGAAACCUAUCCACCUACCUGAAGAGCAAGAGAGACGUGUUCCUGCUCAACAAAGAUGGGAAGAAGAGGUGUUUCGAGGAGAGAGAGGGCACAGAGGAGAGGGGUGUCUCCAAGUCUCCUCUGUUCCUGGAGGAUCUCAUCUCCUUCAGUUUCCAGGUGUCUCGAGGCAUGGAGUUCCUCGCCUCUCGCAAGUGUAUCCACCGUGACCUGGCUGCCAGGAACAUUCUGCUGUCUGAGAACAAAGUGGUGAAGAUCUGUGACUUUGGUCUGGCCAGAGACCUCUACAAAGACCUGGACUACGUCCGCAAGGGAGACGCAAGGCUGCCAUUGAAGUGGAUGUCCCCAGAGUCCAUCUUUGACAAGGUGUUCACGACCCAGAGUGACGUGUGGUCCUAUGGAGUUCUGCUCUGGGAGAUAUUCUCUCUGGGAGCCUCUCCGUACCCAGGCCUGAACAUAGAUGAGGAGUUCUGCCACCAACUAAAGGAGGGAACACGCAUGCGAUCCCCAGAGUACAGCACUCCAGAAAUUUACAGCACCAUGCUGGCAUGCUGGGAGGCUAACCCCUCAGACCGCCCCACCUUCACUGGCCUAGUGGAAACACUGGGAGACCUGCUGGAAGCACGGGUUCAACAGGAUGGGAAGGACUACAUUCCCCUGGGCACGUUCCUGUGUGGAGGGAGAGACCCAGACAGCAGCGUCCAGAGAGACUCCACAGAGAGCUCCCUGACUGACCUGCAUCCACACAGACUCAUCAGCCUAGGCUACAUGAACACCAGGAGCACAGCGACACUCAGGACCUUUGAGGAACUGCCCAGCAAGGACCCGCCUGGCCCGGACGAUGAGCAGGGAGACAGCGGGAUGGUUCUACCCUCUGAGGAACUCAAACGCCUCAAAUGGACCAGCGGCGCCAAGAGCCUCACAAGGUCCUUUACCAUCAGUACGUGCAGGGAGAACCUGGUGCCCUGCAUGUGUAAUGACAUCACUGGUCUCCAUGACGACGAGCCGCCUGUCCUCCCAUGCGACACCGAGGAGAGCUGUUCCCCUCCACCCGACUACAACUCUGCCUUCCUCUACCCCUCCCUCUGACAACUCUAUCAUAUCACACUUCUCACUCUGGUUAGAACUGCCUCGGUUCCUCCCUCCCAGCACACCAUCACCCCCUUGUCCGUCACUCCAUCUAAACACUCACUUCUGUCUUUAGGCCAUCUUCCUCCCUACCUACCUCCCUCUUCGUCACAGAUUCAUUAUUGAUGCAGUGCUUCAUUUCCCCAUAACAUACUAUCAGAUGACUUCACUCCAAGGAUCCGUCUCUAUAAACAAUUCCUCUACAGAUUGUAUUUGAUGCUGUAGCUUCCUCAGGGGGACAGGAGUAAGGUAUGUGAAUUACUGAGGCCUGCAUAGGGUGCCACACCCACACCACUAACAGCAGCUAAUUUCAUGAUCGUGUUUUCACAUGCAGCAACACCACAUGUCCAUGUACCAUUCUAUUUAGUAUAGUUGCUUAUCUCUAUAUGGGUACGGCCUAUAGAGCUCAGAGGAACCUCGGUUGCCUCCAGUGACCUGACCAUGAUGUUCCUACACGUGUAUGCUGGAAGAAUGUAUUCAUUAGAAAAUAGUGUUUCACCUAUUUAUUUACAAUAUGUUAACCUCAUGAAAUUGUGUCAAGGCAGGCAACUGCUGUCAGUGAUCAUUAAAAUCAGUAUAUAUGUUAGACCAGUCGAUGCAGAGCUAUGGAGAAGUACUGUAUAACAUGUUUCAUAGCCACUGACACAAGUAUGUAUGUAUUCAAAACACAUCUAAAACUGUUGAAGUAAAGAAGCGUUAUCACACUGA